CGACCACCCGCCCGCGCACGUGCGUUUUCAGGCCUCGGCCUUGCACUACUGCUACAAUCCUCAGUUGCAGUACCGCAUGUACCACUCCAUUCCUGCCGUACUGAGUACGCCCUGGUACCGCCGCAACUACCACAACUACAACGGACGAGUUGUUGGUGAUAAUGCUGAUGAAAUCACCGCUCGCGAUCGCGUUGAAAAUGAAAUAAAGGUAUAGAGAUGAAAAAGGUGAUCUUCCCGCGUGUUCUUAUCCCUAAGAGAAAUCGCGCCAUACCGUCGCGAUUCGUGAGUUUUUUUCAUUCUAGGCGAGGCCUGGCGUGUCUGAGGCCAACAAAAGCGAGACCGCCCAGGGCUAUCCAAAGCCUUCGCCGCGCAUCCUCCAGAGGGUCGCGCUUUCGUGCUUAGCGCAGCCCCAGCGCAUGCGCCAGGGAACGCGCUGCGCGCUGACAGAAUAACCGCCGGCCACUGCGUCCAAGUUCGCGCGCCUGGGCGCGAGCUGAUGCCCCAUUUGGAGGAUAAGAACAGCAUUUUUGCGAGAGCGGGAACAUCUGGCGCAGAAGAUGUCAUUCUGCUUCGUGCCAGCCACCAAUUUCUGGUCGUUACAAACGUGCUCUUAUCUAUGCACGGCGUGGAGGAUAAGAGCAGCAGUCUUCGAGAGCGGGAACAUCAAUCACAGGUCGUUGCAGUAGGCGUUCUUAUCUAUCUUUUUUGAGCGUUUAAACGAACAUCAGGCGGGAAGCUUUUCGGGUCUUCUGCCAGUGCGUUCACCACGGCCGCGAAAGCGGUCCGGUGCCAACGGUGAGUGAUUGGGGCGGCGGGUGAGAGAUGGGGGCGCGCUUGAAGAGUUCCAAGAGGUCUCGAGGGGCCUGCGCACCAAGUCUGCGCGAGCCGGCUUGCGGCCUUUUUUGGGUCGCGAGUGCGUCGGGCUCGGGGCCGCGGAAAAGAUGCCCGCCUGAGCCGGGUGGGUGUGUUGUGAGUGCCCGCGGGGCGCGUCGAUCUGCGCAGUGGGGGGGGCCUCUUUAGUCUAUGUCUAGGCUCGCCGGGGUGCUAGCGUGCCUGUUGGUUCCUCUAGAAAGACGCCUGGGCCGCGUGAAAAAACAAACCCACCAGGGAAGGCAACAGCACUCCUACGCAGGCGCGACCAUAAAAGCUGCAGCGCCUGCGUUGGCGCCAAAAACAGGGCAAAUCCCGACGGUAUGCUGCGAAUUCCUUUAGGGAUAAGAACACUGCUGAAGAUCACCUUUUUCGUCUCUAUAAAAGGCUGAUGAAAUCACCGCUCGCGAUCGCGUUGAAAAUGAAAUAAAGGCCGGAAUAGUAGG